AUGGUGGGUGUUGCGGGAAAGUCCAAGGCUUGCAAGACUUGCAAGAAACGAAAGGUUCGGUGUGAAGGAGAAAAACCGACUUGCGAUCGAUGCAGAAAGGGGGGUCGUAUCUGUGAAGGUUAUGAGCCGGAGCGGCAGUUCCAGUUCAAGCAUCUCAGUGCUUUGGAUCAUGACGCCUUGCUGGCACGCAGCCAGCCUCUGACUUCGUUGACAGAGCUCUCGUACGUGCGCGUGCUCCAUGGCAACCCCGCUAUCGACGAGCAGGGUCAUGUUACCAACGACACCGUGAAGACGAAAGAGCACAGUUGUGAACACCUAAGAAGAAGUGUAUCACAGACCUCAGAAUUGUUCCUCAAUUACCUGUACAACUACUUGCUCAAGGAAGCUCGGGAAGACGACAACUACCAGACGCCCGUGUCGUGCCUACAAGCUAUUGGCCCAUUGCGAAGGAGGAAUUCCUCGCUAGAUCUUGCAAUGUCCGCAUUAAGCAUGGUUCGCCUUGGUCGGAACUGCGGCAAUGAGCAGCUCCAUAGUGAAGGGGUGGCCAACUACGGUAGAGUGCUGAAAGAUCUCCAGAACAUCCUCUCUAGUGACAGUCGCGCCCUAGACGAGCAAACUCUGGCGAGUUGCAUGAUUCUAAGUCUUUUUGAGGCGACGGAGGUCUCCGGCGGCAAUGUUUACUGGUGGGCGAGCCACGUUGAAGGUGUCUCAAGACUGUUACAACUUCGAGGCUCAAAGCUACAUAUCGACGAACCGAGUCAUCGUUUGUUUUUGGGCUUUCGACCCACUGCCAUCAUCUACGCGUUGGCUCUACGCAAGCCGACGUACUUGGGUGAGACAGACUGGCUGACGACACCCUGGACCACGAAAUCCAAAUCAGAUUUCCACUACAUGCUGGACAUAAUAGCGCAAAUUCCGAUCCUUGUCAACCAGACGGAACGGGUCCACGAAGUCUCCCAGUCCAAUAUUUCCGUUGCGAAGAGAAUGGAGCUUCUAGAAGAGGCAUGGGACCUACACCGACAACUCGAGGUUUGGUAUCAAGAACUCCGGAAGAAAGUUUUCGAGCCGCUCUACAGCGAGCGGCCCUCCUCGCUCUCCUGGCUUAGCCCGCUUCCCCCGGACCUGGGAACGGUGUUUCCGACCUUACACUUUCAAACCUUUGAGAUCGCACGGUUGCAUCUAUUAUACUGGACUGCACUCCUCUUGCUCUAUGAUAAUAUCCUGAAAACAAUAUAUCCUCCACUGGAUCCGAAUGAUCUUAGUUCUGCUUCUUCCUCCCGCUAUCCGACCAUUCUACUUAUGACUAAUAAACCCGCCGUUCGGAGAAGAGCUUUAGAAACCGCAAAACUCAUUGCUCGGUCAAUGGAGUUUCUCCUCUUGGAAGAGAAUCAAGAGAUGCAUCUUCGCGGACCCCUAAAUGCAUUUUUCCCUUUACGGACCGCAAUACAUAUAUUCGAAAGCGUACAGCAGUAUAGAAUCGAGUCAUGGUGUCGCUCGUUGUUUGACAGACUCGCCCAACGAGGCUAUCCCCUUGGGCAGAUUCUAUGUGGCUGGAAAUGGGACGAUAUACCUAUAUUUCUAUCUAGGAGUUCUUUAGAAACAUAA